UCCUCCCGGAGAGGGCGGUCUCAGCGCAUGCUCGAAGGCUGCCUGCUAGAGCGGCCCUUCCGGCGAGCCCCGCCCCACCCUUCCGGCAGGCCGCCUGGCUGCCGCGGCCGCAGUUUCCAUGGGGACUGAGUGGCGAUGGCGCUGCGAGGCCGCCGGCUGUCGUCCGUCUCCCUGGAGAUCCUGUUCUUUCUCAAUGGCUGGUACAGCGCCACCUACUUCCUGCUCGAGCUUUUCACGUUCUUGUACAAAGGGCUCCUGUUACCCUACCCAACAGCCAACCUCAUUCUUGACCUGGUGAUGCUGUUCCUGUACCUCGGAAUCGAAAUCACCCGCAUUUUCUUUGGUACAAAAGGAAACCUCUGUCAAAGGAUGAUGCCUCUUGGGAUCAGCUUGGCCUUGACCUUCCCAUCAGCCAUGAUGGCUUCCUAUUACCUCCUGCUGCAGACUUAUGUGCUUCGCCUUGAAGCCGUGAUGGGCACCAUCCUGCUCCUUUUCUGUGCUUUAGAGGUGAUCCUUGAAGUGCUUACACUCAGCACCUUCUCCAGCCUUUUCCUUCUGGCACUGUUCCCUGCCCAAAGUCCAAAGGCAACCCUGGGUGAGUGCUUCACACAGAAGAGGGAUUUAACAGGCCACCUCCAGGAAGCCUACAACAGCAGCAGGAGGUGUCAGCAAGAGGACCGAUUGCCCCCUCACAGGGCUGGGGCCUGAUCAGCUAAAUCAGUCACCAAGAGCCUUCUCAAAACAGCAGGCUGAAGCCAGCCAUUUCCUUCCAUCCUGUAGGGAGUCUCUUUAGCUAGAUAGAGUAGUUUAUCCUCAGUUUAAAGAUGAGGAAAACUAAGGAGAGGGCAGCUAGGUGGCUCAGUGGAUUGGAUUCCAAUAUGGCCUCAGAAACUUCCUAGCUACCUUGGGCAAGUCACUACUUCCCAUUGCCUAGUCCUUUCUGCUCUUGUCUGGGAACCAAUAGCAAGUAUCAAUUUAAGGCUGAAGAUAAAGGUUAAAAGAAAAAACCCUAAAGCAGAGACAGGAGAAGGGUCAGUUCCCGGAGUGCUCAGUAUCACUUGUUAGCUGAUUUACCUGUCCCCCCAAUGGUUCUCCUGCAUGUAGUCAUGUCUGCCUUAUAUUCUUUUUUAGGCGCCUUCUUCCUUUCUUGACAAAAUCCUUUGAGGUUUUCAGCAAAUCAUGGCCCCUGUGUGCCUUAGUUUACUCAUCUCUAAAAUGGCCUCAGAUAGGGUCUCUUCUAGCUCUAAUUGAUGAUCCUUCCCUAUCCCUGCUCUACUAUAAACCUCCAAACUUGUUACAUGUCACUUUCUAGAGGCCUACUGUGUUGAGGACUGCACCGAAUCACACAUCUCCCAAACCUGCCUUCUGCUGGACUGGAGGAUUUCUGAUACUUGAAAGUGACAUUGUUGUUCCUCCCACAGUAUCACCUAGUGCUGGCUUUUGAAAUUCUAUUCAUGUUGGUGGGCAAAACCAGUCCGUGGCCUGGAGUGAGACUGGACUUGACCACUGGAAUUGUCAUUUGACUCAUACACUGCCACUGUGGUCCUAAAAAAAAAAAUGGCAGACUGACAAACCCAGUUUUGGAUAAUAUCCUGACCUGCUGAUUCUCCCAACAUCCUCUGGGGCAAUCACCUGCCUCUAGCUGAAGUGAUCCACUUUCUAUGGGCUCCCUAAUUCACUCCAGGGAGUCUCAGAUGAAGUUCAAUCCCCUACUUGCACAGAUGACACCAAAGGGCUUUUCCAAUAGCAUUUCCCCAAUCUGUCUGUUUUAAACUGAUACUGAAGUGACUGGUGGGAUCAGACAUGCUGGAGCAGCAGAGAAACCUUAGAGAUCACAUAGCCCAAACUCGUCAUUUUACAGCUAAGGGAAGGACAGAGGAAGUGAUUUACACAUUAGCAAACGGGAGGGCAAAGACUGCUUUCCAUUCUAUCACAGGAAGCAGGAGGAGGAAGAGGCAGAAUGCUUAAUUUGGAUUUGGAAGACCCAAUUUCUGAAUUUACACUUACUAGCUAUGUCCUUUCCUCUCGAUUUUCUCAUCUGUAAAAUGAGUGGGCUUGGGAACGAAUCUCCCAAGUCCCUUUCAGCUGUAAAAUGCUGAUUCCUACUAUUUCAGCUUCUCAGUUCAAAUUGUUUUGGGGAGAGGCAAAGUCAGGUUCUGCUCAUACAAGGCAGUUCUGAGAUAUUUAGAUCUUUGUUCAAUCCCUCAGCAAGUUCACCCAUUCCAGUCCAACCAUGGCCAGGAGGAAAGAUUUGGGAAUUAGGAUUCCAGCCUAAUCCUCCCAAAAGUCCCUAUGAAGCCAGUCCUUUCUCCACCCAUUUUCCCCUUUAACUUGUCAAUUGCCUGGUCUCAUCCUUUGUUUUCAAGAAAAAUGUCCUUACUUCAUUUCAUCCCCCAAUCUCAAGUGUUCUGGUCAUCCCACCUCCUAACCCAAAUCCAGAUGGGGACUGCCCCUGGAACCAUCCCGGGACACCAGCUUCUAUGUGCCUUUACAGUAUUGCACCUGUUAUCAGUGAAAAGUGCUUCUGGCUUAGGAGAGAGCCUAACCCUGGAUUCAGCAAAAUCUUCUACAUUGUUUUCCUACGUGCUCAAGAAAGGUACCAUGGGCCUUUGGGUAGAGGAAGGAGCAGCCAAUUCACACCUGAAGCCUGGUUAAGAGAAGAAUCGCCCUCUCCUGCUGAGCCUCCCUCCCAAAGCCAGACCCAAGCUGAAAGCUCAAGACCUCUCUCUCCAACACAGGCUCCAUAAACCAGCUCUCAGCCCAUUUAUCAUUUCAAAGCUUUUGUCACAAAAGGAAAAAAAAAAGAAGCGUCCAAUGCGGUAUAAAAGAUUGACAGCGUCAUCAAGUUUAUUACACAAUUUCCAACCUAUCAGAAAGAGACAAACAAAUCGAAUCACCGACAACAGGGGGACGGGGGCCUUGGCCUUUGCCUUUCUUUUUUCCCUCGGGUAUUUUUCUUUUGCUAUCUGGAAAUAAAACUAAAAAGUGUGUCAUUAAGUAAAAAAAAAAACCACAAA